AUGGCACAGACAGGGGUUCAGCUGGAUCAGGAAAGGUUCUCCUGUUCCAUCUGUUUGGAUCUCCUGAGAGAUCCGGUGACUACAUCCUGUGGACACAGCUACUGCAUGAGCUGUAUUAAAGACCACUGGGAUAAGGAGGAUCAGAAGGGAAUCCACAGCUGUCCUCAAUGCAGGAAGACUUUCAAUCGCAGACCUGACCUCCAGAAAAACACCCUGUUGGCAGAGUUAGUGGAGGACCUGAAGAAGAUUGGACGCCGACAGGCUCCUGGUGACCACUGUUAUGCUGGACCUGGAGAUGUGGCCUGUGAUGUCUGCACUGGGAGGAAGAUGAAAGCUGUCAAGUCCUGUUUAUCCUGUUUGGCCUCCUACUGCCUGAGAGACCUCCAACCUCACUAUUCUGCUCCGCCUUUGAAGAAGCAUAAACUGAUCCCCCCGACGAAGAGGCUCCAGGAGAACCUCUGCAGUCGACAUGACGAGGUGAUGAAGAUCUUCUGCCGUACUGAUCAGCAGUCCAUCUGUUACCUCUGCACUAUGGAUGAACAUAAAGGCCAUGAAGCAGUGCCAGCUGCAGCAGAAAGGACUGAGAAGCAGAAGGAGCUCCAGGUGAGGCGACAACAAAUCCAGCAGAGAAUCCAGAACAGAGAGGAAGAUGUGAAGCUGCUUCAACAGGAAGUGGAGGUCAUCAAUGUCUCUGCUGAUAAAACAAUUGAGGACAGUGAGAAGAUCUUCACUGAGCUGAUGCGUCUCCUCCAGAAAAGAAGCUCUGAGGUGAAGCAGCAGAUCAGAUCCCAGCAGGAAACUAAAACGAAGCGACUUAAAGAUCUUCAGGAGAAGCUGGAGCAGGAGAUCACUGAGCUGAAGAGGAAAGAUGCUGAGCUGGAUCAGCUCUCACACACAGAGGAUCACAACCAGUUUCUCCUCAACUACCCCUCACUGCCAGCACUCAGUGAGUCCACACACUCAUCCAGCAUCGACGAUCGUCCUCUGAGACACUUUGAGGACGUGACAGCAACUGUGUUAGAGCUCAGAGAGAAACUACAAGACAUCCUGAGGGACAUGUGGACGAAUGUCCCACUGACAGUCCCCCUGCUGGAUGUUCUCCUGUCAGAACCAGAACCUAAGACAAGAAACGACUUCUUGAAAUACUCAAAAAGAAUCACUCUGGACCCAAACACAGCAAACAACUUUCUGUUGUUAUCCAAGGGAAACAAGAAAGUGACUUUGUUGGAGGAAAACCAGUUUUAUUUUGGUCAUCCAGACAGAUUCACCAACUGCACUCAGAUCCUGAGCAGAGAGAGUCUGACUGGGCGCUGUUACUGGGAGGUGGAGUGGAGCGGGACGGAAGUCGAUUUAGCAGUUUCAUACAAGAGCAUCAGCAGGUCGGAAGGUGACUGUGAUUUUCGAAACACUGACAAAUCUUGGACAUUAUAUUGUCACAGGCAAAUUUACAUAUUUUAUCACAACAGAGUAGAAACUCGAGUGUCAGUUCCGGUUUCGUCCAGAGUAGGAGUGUACGUGGAUCACAGAGCUGGUGUUCUGUCUUUCUACCGGGUCUCUGGAACCAUGACUCUCCUCCACAGAGUCCAGACCUGCUUCACUCAGCCGCUGCAUGCUGGUGUUGGGUUUUAUAGUUAUGGAGACUCUGCUACAUUUAUUCAAGUGUAACAGACAGAAGUGAUCAGAGCUCCAGCUGGUUACAAUGCUUUUUUUUUUUAACAACAA